AUGAGAGACGACUACACCGAGUGGGAACGCUUCUCCCAUCCUGACCCAGAUGAGGAAGACCCCCCGACCCUGGACGAAAUACAAACUCUGCAAGAAUUUGCUGAGCGCUACAGCACAUCCGAUGCUAUUCCAGCAGAGGACGCUGCUCGCAAGCUAAUGUCGCUCGCUGACGAGGGCCGCGUGGUAGACGAGCGCCAGAAUGAUGUCGUGGACAAAGGCGAACGCGGUUCCUGGUUAUUAUGGGAUGCUGCUAUUUACAUGCCGCGCUAUCAGCCUGCUAUUCUCAAGUUGAUUGAGGCUAUUCGUGCGCUUCCCCAGCUGGAAAGAACCGAGGAGCAGAUCCGUGCCGGUCGUUUCGAGGACAAAUUAGAAACCUGGAGGUCCUUGGAGGUUUUCACAAAUAUUUGA